AUGGAAAGCGAAAACCGAGCAGAUGAUGGACUUAGAGGGAAGUCAACAAGUCGAGACGGCGGCUAUGGCUGGAUAGUCUGCUGUGGGACUUUCAUCGUAAAUUUUGUGGUAUUUGGAAUUCACAACUCAUUUGGUGUUGUUUAUGUUAACCUGCUCGAUGAGUUAAAACUUGGUGCGAUGCAAACAGGUAAGCAAAGAGUUCAUUUAGCUGAGCGCCCGUGCCGGUAUGCGGAAGUUACUCAUCCAUAACUUUUGAUGGGUUACUAGUGUUAAAGUAGGUUUGCUUAUAUUCAAUAAUAUCACUGUAAAUACGAGGGCUUUUGGAAAUUACUUGGUUAGUAUGAAAAAUGUAAACCUCGAACAGAGAAUUAGCUCUGUUUCAUCGUUAACGGAGCGGAUUUAACUACACUCGUUAGGAUGAAACACUUAUCAAACUUAAUUGAAACAUAAAUGCUGUUACAAUUCAUAAUUCUACUAUAUUACAAGGAAGUUGAUGUCGCAGUGCUGUCUUUCGAAGAGAACUAACUGUGUCUCUUGGCUUGAGGCUUAUGAAUUCUCUAUUGAUACUGACUAGUUAUAAGUAACAAGAUUCAGGAUUUAUUAUAUAGAUACUGAUGAAAUACCAGGAUAAUUCUUUUUGCUAAAAAAUCAUAUCUUCAUCGCGUGCGUUGAAGAUACUAUUUGUUAUCUUUCCCGUGUGAUGAUAUUGGUGUCGCCAUGGUUACUAACCUGAUUAGCCAAUUACAAGAUAAUUAUGGCGCCUGAGCGGGAAAGCGUACUCCGAUAUCCGUCAGAAGGAGGUCAUCUCGGGUAGAUUUCUAAUUACGAAAUCCGAGCUCGCCCGAUGUUGUCUUCGUGUUGAAGGCCCUAUUCAGCAUAUUAGACCCGCAAAACAGAGUAGAAACGAACACGUGCUUCGUUUUUGCUCAUGACUUCGUAUCAGGCGUAAGAUAUUUCCUUUUUUUUUCGUUGCUUACCUUUAUUUCAGACUCCACAAAAUUUUUGCGAUGCCUCCUUUUCAAGGAUGGCCAAUUACAACCACAACAUAGUAACACCUCCACGAAAUCUGUCAAAAGGAGGAUUUUAAAACACGGGAAAUGGAGAGGAAAGAUAAAUGAUACGGUUGAUUAACUCCCAGACAAUUGAAUGGUCCAAACUCGCAAAGGCGGAAAAUUUAUUAUCGUGCGAGAUAUCAAAGUAUCUGUUUGCUCACUCAAUUCGUAUUCCAAUAGAUAAUUUCGCUUUCUGAACAAAAUUUCCAAUUCUAUGAUGGCACGUAAAUUAACUUCUCAAGAAGUGAGUUCAUUGUUUGUGAGAAAGUUGUCUGAAAGGUCAGGUCUGGUGAAGGAUGUCAGGUCAGCAGAGUUCAUUCUUCGAGAAUAUGAAACUGCCACCGUCACCAAAUUCUAUUGUAGCAAGUCAACUGACAAAGGUUUUGGAAACACAGGUGAGAGGCCAAUCUUCUUGUCCUAUGCGAUUGUAUUUUUUCCGUCAUUUAAUAUCCUGGGCUUGAUGUUUCUUGGUAGACAUUUGAAUAAAAUAGGGGGAUUUGAUCUAAAGGCACUUAGGGGGGAUGGUGAGCGGUAGAUGAGAGUUGACUGUAAGAACGAUAUCUCACCUAUUUGACGGGCCCUAUGCAUGCUCGUAAGUGACAGGUAACUUGGUACCAUUAUCGAUGUCAUGAUCCUUUUUGACACAUUACAGUCUAAAGGAAGGGUGACAAGUUGACUAUGCUUCUCAAAUUUGUAAAAAUUUGUUUUGUAAUAUAGACUUGGCAGCUAAAAAACACAAGGUAUUAUGGGAGGAUAGUCGUCUGCCAUUUGAUCACGUCCCAUUUGUUGUGGUAAAUCACAAGGUAUACGAUUGUCAACAUGGUGUAGAUAGACAUCUACGAGAGAAAAGGAGAAACCAAGCGGUACGUUGAAAGUAUUUUGUAUUUAAAUGAUUUUGCAGAUUUUUUAUUUUGCAUUGAUUAAUAACUAGAGGUCAAGAUCAAGUAGCCUUGAGUUUCCUCCUCCUUGCAUAAAGAUAAGAGAGUAGAUGAUCUGAAAAGAGGACUCGAUAGGAUAGGAUAUUUCAAUGUCCAACAUGGAAGAAAGUUUUCAUUAACAAGAAGACUUCUUUUUUCCAAAAACAUAGGUCGGUGACCACGCCUAUCGAAGAAAUGGAGCUGGUAAGCUUUUACAAGAAUCAAGGAAACUCAACUGUCCCGCUCAAGUGAAGAAUUGCAGCCCUCGUGCAGAAACAGAUUGCAUCAAUUAUAUACGAGGAAGAAACCAGUUUUAAGGUCAUUGUACCAAAUGUGCAACACCAGAACAAUUCCGAUGACUGUGGAAUUUAUGCUAUUGCUUUUCUGGUGUCGCUACUACAUGGCCUCAAUCAUUCUAAUCUGACAUUUAACAGGAAGCUGAUAAGACAACAUCUUUGAAAGAGCCUGGGGAGUGGAUCAUUCGACCCCUUUCCCCUCUCUAAAGUACCCGAGUGUCGAGACGGGAGGCCACUUUUUGUUCAAGAGGUCUCGAUAAUGUGCGAGUGUAGAAUGCCGAGGGAAGAGUCAGACUCGAAGUCUCCUUCUCGUUGUGUGAAAUGUUGUAGCUGCAAGGAGUUUUUUCACAGGAAAUGCAUUUCAACAAUUAUUUUGGAAGAUUCAAGUGCAAACUGGCGUUGUCCAAACUGCGAAAGAGCCCUUAAGCAGGAAGAAAAAUAACCAUUAAUUUAACAUGUAGUAUUGAAACUGAUUCUCAGAACUUCCCGUUAAUUGUUUAUUAAGAUAAUCGUCGAAGUGAAAUAUAUCUAUGUAGUAAUUUUUAUCUAUGUAGAAGUCAGCUAAAAGAAUUUUUAAAAUGUAUUCAUGAGAAACUGUUUCUUGUAGAUCUUUCCCUAAGUACGCUCUUGCGUUUAGAAUUGAAAAUCCUCGUCUAAAUAUUGUAAAAAUAUUAUCGCAGAAUAUUUUCAAUGAUAAUCAUGGCACAACACAGAUAGAGAAAAUGUAAUAGGUGAGACAAGUCACGGAUUAUCCUUGUCGACAAAAGUAAUAUCGCCUGCUACAUUAUAUUCAAACUUAAUCUCCGUCCAAUCGAGGUAAUGUACAAUUUUUUAAUCAAUUACCAUAUUAGAAAUAACAAUAUAUCACUUAAACUCUGAACGUAACUGCGUUAAAUUUAUUUCAUCAGAAAUCCAGAAGAUUUCCGGUGUUUUAAAAUCCUCCUUUUGACACAUUUCGUGAAGAUGUCAUUACGUUAUAGUUGUGAUGGGCCAUCCGUGAAAAGGAGGCGUCAAAUGUAUUUUGUGGAAUCUGUCAUAUGGGUUAGCAACGGAAAAAAAUGCAAAUAUCUUAACGCUAAUACAAACGAAGUAAGUGUUCCUUUCUACUCUAUUUUGCGGCUCUAAAAUGCGAAAUAGAGCCUUCAUGACAACAUCGGGCGAGCUCGGAUUUCGUCAUCAGAAAUCUACCCGAGAUGACCUCUGGUGUUUUAACAUCCUCCUUUUGACAGAUUUCGUGGAGGUGUCACUAUGUCAGGCUAUGUCACUAUGUCAGGCUGUAAAGAGAGACAUUUGGUUAUCGACAUAGCAAAUACCCUUUCAUUUUAUUUACUGCAGAUUGUAAUUUUGUCAUAUUUAACUGAAGAGCUAAUGUCAACAUGCAUCAGACAAACAGCGGCAAGUCCCCAAAAUUCGUUUUCUCUCCUACUUUCAAAUUUUGUAGCCCAAUAUGUCCUAAUAAUUGUGGUGUGGUUUUUUUGGCGAAAAUAUAUUUUAGUUUUCGAGAAAUGAUUUUUUUUCGUUCGACCGCUCAAAUAUGCAAAUUUUCAUCGUGAAUAUUACCCGAGUUGUGUGACCUCAUGUAACGAAUUAAUACUUGACCUCCGGUAUUUCUGACAAAAUAAUCCUUUGUUUUAUCAUCUAAACUUAAUACCCUGUCAUUAUUGAAGCUGGAAAGUAAAAAUUUAUUUUUUAGGGAAUAUUUUUGUUCGACAUACUUUUUCUAUGUCGAAAAGUAGCAUCAAAACAAAGACAGUUUUAACAAUGACCGAUAUGAGAGAAUCUACUGAGCUUCUAGCUUUUAAAAGACAAAAGGAUGGUUAUAAAGUUACUGUAAAAAUUUCCUUGUGUAUUUGUGUUGUUCUAUCGUGAGAUGAACUCAAAGUCCGGCAAAUUUUACUUGCUAGCGACUAAGAAAUGUACAUGGUGUGCAUACUUGUCGGCACCGUUUAUUGGCAUAAAUCACUACAAUUUGCCAAAGAAACUAACACUCUUAGCUUGUUUAUUUAUGAUUUUAUAAGACCAGUAAGCUGUUUCGGUUAUUCGAUUACGCUUGGGUAUUACUUUGUACCAGGAGCCCAGGUUUUACGUUUUGUUUCCUCCUACCCCAUGUAUAUCUUAAGCUAGUCACGCAAUAAUUGAUACCCACACAAAUGAAUAUUUACCCUGUAUGAAGAUUUUUGUUUAUGUUGAAUUGACAAUAUUACAAUAUGUUACUUUCUAAAAAAGAAAAAAAAGCGAAUCAGUGAAGAUGUAAAUACUACUACGCAACUGUAGAAACACAACAAUACUCUCAGUUACUGUAACCUGACUGACGUUUUCAUCGAGUAUCUCUUUCGUCGCUGUUAUUUUUCUCAUCGUGCCAAAAGCACGCCGCUCGUCGUAUACUAUGGCUUUCAGGAUAAAAGUUGUCGCGGAGGCUGAAGCUGUAGAAAACUGCUCGGAAAUCGCUUGAGAUUAUGGACUUAACGAGUCCAUGGUGCGACGCUGGAGACGAGACCAGGCGACUAUUCUUUCUGGCAUGGGGAGAAGUUUAUAAACUGCAAAUUAAAUCUGGCUAAAAUGUGGUAGAGCAUAACUUGAUCAUCGAAACAGCUCAUAAAAUCGUAAAUAAAUGAGGUAAGAGUAUUAUGCUAGAUUUUUUUACAAAUUGUCGUGAUUUGUGCCAGUAAACGGUGGCGACAAAUAGGCACAAGAUGUAUAUUUCAUAGUCGCUAGCAAGUAAAUUUUGCCGGACUUUGAGUUCAUCUCACGUUAGAACGACACAAAUACACAAGGAAAAUUUUUACAGUAACUUUAUAACCAUCCUUUUGUCUUUUUAAAGCUAGAAGCUCAACAGCUUCUGUCGUAUCGGUCAUUGUUAAAACUGUCUUUGUUUUGAUGCCACUUUUCAACUUAGAAAAAGCAUGUCGAACAAAAAUAUUCACCAAAAAAUAAAUUUUUAUUUUCCAGCUUCAAUAAUGACAGGGGAUUAUGAUUAUGUUGACAGAAAUACCGGAGGUCGAGUAAAUUCGUUACAUGAGGUCACACAACUCGGGUAAUAUUCACGAUGAAAAUUUGCAUAUUUGAGCGGUCGAACGAAAAAAAUCAUUUCUCGAAAACUAAAAUAUAUUUUCACAAAAAAACUACACCACAAUUAUUAGGACAUAUUGGGCUACAAAAUACGAAAGUAGGGGAGAAAACGAAUCUUGGGCGACUUGCCACAAUAUUUCAAAUUUGUUCGAUGGAUGCUGACAUCCUCUUUUAACAAAUUUUGUCUUCCCUCUCGGAAUGGCUUUAUUUUUGCAUUUGUUAGAUACUUACGUCACACAGCGAGACGUAAUUAGUUAUGCGGUAAACGAUCGACCAUCUGAAACUGACGCCAUUGCGUACAAUCAAAUUUCUUGAAAAAACUGCUCACUGGGGUUACAAGAAUGCCAGUUUACCUUUCUAUCUCCUUUUUGAAUUUUUAUUCUUUUGUUGUGUUUUGUCCUAUUGAUUUUCUAUUUACCAACCGAUUAAUCGUGUUAAUCAACGUUAUUUACCUAACUUAUCUCAUUCCAUGAUUAAGCCAACAGUAUUGUGGCUACGGACAUUAUCAGUGGUGUAUCUGAGGCUAACGAAGAAAAAAUCUUUGUAUUGAACGUUAAGGCCGAAAAAAAAGUUGUCUUUUCUGUGGGAAUUUCAUCAGUAUCUAUAAAAUAAACAGAAUAUUGCAUUGCCGCUUAGGGAUACGCUCCGCUCACUUGUGAGAGAUACUUUCAGCACUCGAACAUAAAAUUCGUAUCCCCACGGCUGUUUCAAAACGCCCGCCAGUGGAAAUUUAGUUCGCGCAUGUCAGAUUGACAUUUUCAAUUUGAAACCGCUGAAAAUGUACGUUUAACGGCUCAACAAGAAAGAGCCCACUGAUAACUAGGUCGCAAAAAGUAUAUGCGCAAAGCCCAAGGAAAUAGCUAACUUAUGCGCAGACAUUGUAUUUUGCUUCCCUGGUUAAUGUUCUCUGAGGGAAGAUUGCGUGUGCGGGAUAGUUAACUAUGCGACGGCUUAAUGGCAUCUUGUUUUGACGCGAGAUGACUCAUCGCCUUUCUGAGGUCUUCUUAUUUUCAGGCAAGAUUCUGAUUGAUUCGAAUUUUUCUUUCAAUAAAGGAACAACUCAGGCUUUACGUCUCUCCUUUGCCAUCAGUUUCUUUACCAUGACGUUUUAAUCCGAAUUGUUUUGAGCGGUGUAAUCUGCGAUUACACAUCACCACCGAAAUAAUAAAUAUGGCGUCCAUCUCCCCUUUGACCUCGAACUAAUGCCCCUAAACUACGCGAAUUUAUCCUCUGAAUGAUCUCAUGCUUACCCAUGGGCUAAACAAAGAAUACACGAUUUAUGACAAACUGAUAAAAUGUCCACGGCCUUCUGUUAUGUGCAAGAAAGUCGAACUACGUGCGUGUGAUUUCCUCCCCGAAAAGUGUAUGUCAUCGAUCUGUCACGAGGAGCUACUUGAAAUAGUGAAAGCACGGACAAGACGUUUCUUUCGGUCAACAUUUCAAUCAUAAUCACGGAUAAUAAACCUUACAAUUAUAUGUUACCAUUUGUGCUUUGAUCUGAUAGUUAAAUCGUUUUUCUUGGCCGUGAUUAACAUGGUUUUUGGCGAAUAUUCCCUCUCCCUUCAAAUGGAAUGAACUACACGCAAUAACACAAGAAUGCAAAUAUUCCCGCACCCCUGAAGAACCGAUCGAGAGAGAUAAAUAGACACCCCUUCCUGAAACAAGGUACAAGCCCUAAGGGUGUACACUUCUGAAGCAAUAAAAGGCCGGAAAAAGGAACUUCGGAACGUAUCUUGAGUCAACUUAGAACUGCGUUGCUUAAUCCAAGUUUAGUUUACAACUCGGUUCGAUUAGUGCAUUCAGAUGGCUAACUUUGGUCUCUCUGAACAUCAACAAAUAUUGGAAAAAAUUUGCCGAAUUUGUGGAGAGCGAUUGAAGAAGGCAAAAGAUAAGUAUGAGAACAGUUUUCUUUGCGCUGAUAAGACGGAGAUUACUUCCACAGCCUUUGGUGUCAAAGUUCGUAAAGAUGACCUUGACAUGUGCCCUCCUAAGUUCUGCCACAAGUGUUACAAGCUUGCUUAAAGAGGAGGCACACGCCUUGCAAUCAAUGUGUGGCCUCCACACAAACGCACUGGAAACUGUAAGAUCUGCAGUUUCUUUAAGGAUCAACAGAAACCUGGUAGGAAGAAGAAGACUAAACCUGGAAUAAAACCCAGAGAGGACUCAGCUGAACCCAAGGAACAAGUGGAAAUGGUGGAAGGAAUGUCUGGCACUUUAAGCUUCCAACCUGACCCAGCCUCACUCUCAUUCUCUGAGGAGGUAAAGAAUCUACAAAGCUUUAGAGGAUCAGAACCUCUUUACCCAGAACAGUUUGUUGAAAACAUCAAGCAUGAGUAUAUGUGCCCAAUUUGCAAAGAGGUAUUUGAUCAACCAGUCCAGACAAAAUGUCGAACUCCACACAUAUUUUGUGCUAGUUGCUUAUCAUUUUCUGUUGCCUAUUGCUGUGAAUUAUAGUCUAAUUAUAGUUGGUUAUCAUUUUAGGAAUGGAAGGCUGACAUGGAACAAUGCAAUCCCAGAAAAUGAAGUGCUCAUAAAACUUGGAGGAGAUGCUGGUGGUGGGUCAUUUAAAAUGGCCUUCCAGAUUGCUAACCUGAGGCAUCCAAAUUCUAAAACCAACACAGUGGUCUUUGCCAUGUUUCAUGCAAAAGAUAGUUGGGCUAAUUUAAAGACAGCCUUAAUGAAAUAUAAAGAACAAGUAAACACCUUGAAAGAAGCAACCUGGGCAUAAGUGAAAAAAAAUUUACCACACUUUUAGUUAAUCAGGAGAAUAAAGACUUGAAAUAGCAUAAUAUUAAUUAAAUUUUUAUUUUUGUUUUGCCCAUUUCUAGAGGUAAAAAGAAAGUGGUUUUCCUGUUUGGUGACUAUGAGUUCCUAUGCAAGCUAUUUGGAAUAGCUGGUGCCUCAGGUAUGAUCCAGACAAUAAUUCACAUAUACAAAUAAUAAUGAUUUAGCAAUUCAAUAAAAGAAUAUAAAUGUAGCCUCUACUCUACAUAACUAUUUCUGUGAAACAGGUUUCCACCAUAAGAAUUGUAUUUGCAGGCAAAUAUCCAUGUCUUUGGUACAAGAUAAAUCAUGAAGUAAUGCAAGUCUCUUGCCAUAAACGUGGGCAUGCUGAAAAACGAAGUCUUGAAAACAUUCAAGAGGAUUAUGAUAAGUUUGUAGCAGAUGGCUCUGUUACAAGUCAACAGAAGUUUUAUCACAAUGUGAUUCACGAGAAACUGCUGGACAUUGAAUUGGACAAAGUAAGAUACAAGAGUUUAUUUUAUUGCUUUGAAGAGGGACUUACAGGCCACCUAACUUAAUGGUUGUCUAUUUCAGGUUUGUGUUCCUGGACUUCACAUUAGCUUGGGUGUGUUUAAGAAACUGUUUGACGAACUAGAGAACCAGUGCUUUGAGCUGGACAAAAAAAUUCAAAUGGUUCUAGCAGGAGACAGUGAAGAGAAUGAUGAGAAAAUCCAGGCACUCAGAGCUGCCCAACUACAUACCAGACAAGCACAACAAUUUAAUGAAAAAGCCAAUUAUUUACAGGAGUUGCUGAAGUACAAAGUCUGCAUGCUAAUGUUGAUAUCAUGCCUGCCUACUUUACACUACUACAGGAGGAGAUAGACAAACUCCUUGGAAAUGCAAAGGAGGAGGUAAAAAUAAUAUAUUGGUGCUUUCCAGUAUCAUAGCUGUACAAUCCUCCAAAUCCAUUUUACAUGUUUCAAACCCAUCUUAAUUUUUUAGUUAAAGAAGUUAUGAUUUUAUUUUAUAGAUCAUUUAUUUGUAAUAUUACAAGGGCUCAAAUUAUCAAAUUAUAGCAACUAAGCAGUAAGUCAAAUAACCCAGAUUUAAAUAGUAUUAUCUCAACAUUAUAGGAAAAGCUUGCAGAUGAACAAAUGGAAUUGGCUGCCUAUGAGAAAGCCAAUGGACCACUAUCGGUUCAUUUGGAUGAGGUUCUCAAGAAAAUGAAUGUUGAGAGACAAGCUUAUCAUGGAAAAUCAUUCAUUGGUAAUCAUGUACACACUUGCUGCAAGGUAACACAAAUUCUACCCUUAGAGUAGGAAUUUGUUGAGUCACAAAAUUUCAUUGAAUUGUUGCAUUUGUUUUUUUGGUAGGAAGACAACAUCAUUAAACUAUGCAGUGCUGUGCUGACGAAAACAGAGGAGCUGUGUCCUUCCCUCCUUUCUCAAGCAAGAGAAAUUAGCGUGAAAUUUGAACAAGUUUUUAAGUUAUUUGCUGCUUGCCACUUUGUCUAUGACAGUGCAGACUAUCUCAAUGAUGGCAAGAUUGAUAAGCUAGGUAACUGAAAGAAAAAACCUGACUUUCAUGGAAAAACAUGAAUACAGCAAUAAGAUCAUGUCUUAAGUCCACCUUUUCUUGUUUUCUUGUUGCAGAGGAAGACAUCACAAAUUUUCUUCAGUUCCUUAGGGAAAAAUUUCCAGACAUGACAAUCACACCAAAGCUGCAUAUGCUAGAAGAACAUGUUUGCUCUUUUCUUCGACAAUGGCACAUGGGCCUUGGAUUCUACGGUGAACAAGGGAUUGAAGGAAUACACUCUGAAUUCAAUACCCAGUCCCAGCAUUUUGACCAUGUGAAGAAAAAGGACACGAGAUUGCGUCAAAUCCUUGUCAACCAUCACAUUGCCACGAGUCCGGAACUAGCGGGAAAGCUCCCAAACCUAAAGAAAGAAAUUUAAAACGAAAAGCGAACGAGUACAACUCUUUCCUUUUCAAUAGCAAUGUAUCGGUUCGAUGACUAAGAACGAGUACUAUGUGUGUAAAUAUAGUGUAAUUUAUUUGCUCAACUUCUAAUUUAGACGAAUAAAAGUGUUACUACAAUCUUUGGAACCAAAACUAAACCUUUCCAGUCGUUUACAGACUGUUUCACUUGAAAUUCAGUACCUCCGAGAUUCAAAAUGGAGUCGCAUAACGGCCGAUCUUAACAUAUUAAAAGCGCCUCGAAUGGAGUCUUAAACAAUUCGGAUUAAAACACUUACCUCUGUCGGUUGUUCAGUAAGGUUUCAAGUCUUCUCUUUUGACUCUUGCUUUGCUGGGAAAAAUUCGAGCCUUUUCCAAAUUGAAAUCAAAGUUUUCAGUUGAUUUAAUAGGGUGUGCUUGCUAGACUCCACCAUAGCAACGUGUUUUCGUCGAACACAGGCAAAAUUUGACCGAUUUUACUCAAAUUUUCGACGGCAAAUGCCUCUUCCAUGUGUAAACAUCCGCCAUGCUAAAUUUCACCCGCAUACAUUAGAUAUGCAGCAAGAUUUCAUUGGCUAAACUAUAUCUUAGCCCAAAGGGUUGCCAUGGACGCUAGAUUUAUGCAAAUGCAUAAUUUUGUAUUAACCAGAGAAAUAAUAAUUAACUCGAUCUUUCCUGUAGACCGCAUGCGCGAACUAAAUUUCCACCGCGAAACAGCCGUGUCCCCCGCGCGGCCAUGUAAUAUCCUCUAUAUAAGUUACAUUAUAUAGUUAAUGUGAUAUCUUGGCUCACGCAGUAUUCAUAAGAAUUUUACUAUUUCCCUUUGAGCUGAAGUUUCAUUUCCGUUUUUCACAUAAUAAUUUGGGGUUAAGAAUAUAUGAGAGUCAUAUAUUUGAACUGCGGAUAAAGACGUGAAUGAAAGUGAUUCUCGCAGUAAUGUGCACUACUUAGGCAGUAGUGAAAAUAAUCUUUAUCCGCAGUUCAAAUAUAUGACUUUCAUAUAUUCUUAACCGUUUAUUUCAUCACUUCACGGGUUUAUUUAGAACCAACAUCAUGACCAGCUCCCAGUUGGCUUGUUAGCUCAGUUGGUAGAGCGCUGCACCGGUACUGCAGAGGUCAUGGGUUCAAAUCCCGUACAGGCCUGAAUUUUUUUCAGGCCUUAUUUUCACAACUGCCUUAGGCCUAGAUUAUACGUCGCGCUACAGUCGAAUUUAAUUCCAUUAAAUUCGUCGUUCCGUCGACAUAAAUCGUGGCGUGGUUUUAUGCGUCGAAAUCAAUACGGUCGAAUUUAAUUCUCUUCCCAAAUGCAGUGUCUCUGGUCAGAGGUGUCAUUUUGAAACAAACAUGACGCGGGCUAAAGCUCUGCAAACAAUUUUGCUCGAGAAAAUUUCCAGGGAAAGACAACGGCGACGUCAACUACGGCGUAAUAUGGUUACAUUGGUGUUAAUAAGGAAAAGGUUUAUCGUACGACUUUGUUUGCUGACUUGUCUCCUGUUACAGUCAAGUGAAGAUGAAAUUAGCGCUCGAAGACCUCGCAGUUGUCGUCGCAGUCAUAAAAACACAGGUUGGUGGGAAUUGGUCUGGGCGUCCUAUGAUGAAGGAAGAUUUAAGAAAACCUUUCGUGUAUCAAGGAAUACGUUUAACUUAAUUUUGAAGAGUCUUCGACCUGAUAUUGAGAAAGAUUUUGUCACAGAGCAGCCCAUUUCUGCCGAAUGUAGGCUGGCUAUAUGUCUUUACAGAUUAGGUAGAGGUGACUACCUAUACACCAUUGCGGAACUGUUUGGCCUUGGUGUGACGACCGUUCACAAAAUCAUAGAGGAAGUAUGUGAAGCGAUCAUAAGAAACCUGUGGAAACCUUCGGUGCAAGCGCAUUUUCCAAUCACCAAACAGAAUAUUAUGGAGAAAAUGGUGGAUAUGACAGCGUUUUGGCAAUUCCCCUGCUGCUGGGGUGCUGUAGAUGGGUGCCACAUCCCCAUUCAGUGCCCUCCUGGCGGUCUGAAAGCCUGUAAAGAGUAUCAUAACUUUAAGAACUUUUAUUCAAUAGUAUUGAUGGCCAUUGUAGAUGCACAGGAUCGUUUCAUCUGGGCAAGUGUUGGUUUUCCAGGAAAUUCACACAAUUCCAUCAUUUUCCAGUCCACUGAUUUGUGGCACAACAUUACUGAAAACAACAUCAUACCAUCAAUUUCUCAAGUCAUUGAAGGUACCGAGGUUUACCCGAUGAUUUUGGGCGAUUCUGCUUUCCCAUUCAGAGUAUGGUUAAUUAAACCAUAUGGUAAUGCUAACUUUACACCUGAAGAGGGCUAUUUUAACUAUCGUCUAAGCCGCGCAAGAAUGGUAACUGAGCGAGCCAAUGGUCAACUGAAGAGCAGGUGGAGAGUUUUGUAUCGAAAGCUAGAAUGUAGACCAGAUUCGGUGAAACUGGCCGCGCUAGCGUGUAUUGUACUUCACAACAUCUGCAUUACCACAAAGGACAGCCUUCCUGCCCAACUGGAUUUGUCAAUUGAUCCUUUUGCACAAAAGAAAAGGUCCAGAGAAGAAAUACGAGAUCUGUUGCAGAUGCGCAACUGCCCUAAGAGAAAGGAUUCAUCUCGCAAAGCUGGAGCAAUAAGGGAGGCUCUGACCAGGAAAAUGUGGCAGGAAAAAGAAGCAAACGAACUGGAAAUGUAGACGUGAUUAAAACAAUUUUUUGUCAUCCAUGUUAUUUUCAAAGUUCUCCGUAGAUUGUAACAAAUAAAUCACUUCGCAUUUCAGGUAAACUUCAUAAAAGCAACAGUGUGUUGUUCCAUAAAAUAUUCAACGCCCCUGUGAAGUUUUUUGUUAGACCUCAAACUCCCGAUAACUCCGGCAACCGUCUUAAACUUUAGCGCGUACUUCACGCCGGAACGCGGGUUCUACGCUCUUAAUCCACGGGGGUAGAAAUGAAUAUUUUGUGGAACUGUCUCAAUUUCAACUUAGGCAUUACAUGUACAAGCCCUGCAAAUCGGCAUUAUAUGAAAAACUCGCUUACUUCAUAAUUACAUUUCUUUUCAGUACACAUAACAGAAAAAAGAAUCAAAUUGGACCAAAGGUACUGAAUGUCAUGACAUUCCUAAUUCGUUUGUUGCAUUACUUCUCAUCAAUGCUUUAAGUGACCCAUUUUAAAUGCAAGUUAGAACUGCACAGGUCUCGAGUUCAUGUUCAAGCAAGCAAUGAUAGUCAUUGGAUCAAGGAAUACCAUUAAUAUAUGACAUUACGUUGCAUCACUGUAUAUUUUUCAGACAUUACAUACAGUACCAUGAAAUAAACACUGUUAUGAUGAGAAUUGCAAUACUGUAAUUCAGUUGUUAUUUCCUUCGUUAAAGAAAUGUAUUGAUUCUAUCACCAUAUAAUUUCCUUUGUUUUCCAACUUUUGUAAUAUAACUUCAAACAAAUUAACAAAGGGAUAUAAAAAAAUGAACGAAAAGAUUCAAAGUGAAACACAACAUUUAAAUGAUUUGUAAACCAUAAUGUACAUUUCAGUAAUACACAUUAUGAGAUCCUGUUCCUUUCAUGUUUUUGAGGGAACAACUUUGAAAGGGUAUCUACACUGUCACCAGAUGAGAUGUAUUUAGGCUCAUUUAUAUGAAGGGUAGCCUUGAGGAGACAGCAGUACUUGUUUUCCAUUGCACAAGUUUUUGUUUUGACUACUCAUAACCACAAAGUAAACAUUAAACAGAGAAUUAUUGAGGACCGUAUCUUGACAACCAUAACAUACCAAACUACCUAUCUAUGGUAUCUCAGUGCAAAGAAACUACAUGGGAACUCAGGUAAUAUUAUUAAUACCUCUGCUGCCAGAAAUUAAAUAGUUUGGCCUGCACCUGUACAUAAUUUGCAUCCACUUCAGGAACAUUGCCAGGUACACCUUAUAAGUUGGCUAUCAGCUCAUUCAAUCAAUUAUGACAGUUAACGGUACAAAACUUACUGGUCGGACAUGAUCACCACCUCGUUGAUAUUUGCUUUAAAAUAUGUUCUCAAAGUGCCUUUAACACCCCCACCCCCCCUCCCCACCAACUGUUUCCCCCCAUUUUUCCCUCAAAUAAAUAUUUGUAUUUUUCUCUCAAAUAUAUAUUUGUAUUUUUCUGAGCAAAAUUCCACUGUUUUGUCUUAAUUUGCUUAAGACCUGGAUUUUUAUGGAUAACAGCAACGACCAACUUGGACCACAAGAAGCAUGGCUCCAUUCCUGUUUGACAUCACAGACUGCUUUCAAAGAAUUUUUGCACUGCAAAGCAGUUUGUGAUGUCAUGAACAAGGAAUAGAUCCAUGCCCCUCACAGCUUGGUUGUGUUUGAGAUAAAAACAGACUUAAUUUACAAAUUCUUUUAAAAAACCAAUAUUUAAACAAAAUGGUACACUUCAUGAACCAUCAUAUCAGUGCAAUAUUGAGAUUUCUGCUGGUGGAAAAAGAUCAUUUGAGUUAUAGGCACUUCAAGGCCAUAGUGUAGAACGCUCUUUUCAAAGCAGUUCCAAAAUAACUUUAAAAUAUUAGAGUGCAUGCCAAGAUCCUUUCAAAAUUGGUACAACUGUGAAACACCAGAUUGUCCUUGUGAAGUCAUAGUUGACUGAACGUGAUGUAGGAGAGACUGCUCAUCAUUUUUUGGAGCAGAUGACAUCAAUGGUGUGUACCCAAAGGAUGGGGUACUUGGGUGACUGCUGCUAACUCUGGGAUUGGACACAGAUUGCUGUGCAAAAUUAUGGCUUUGAUGAUGAAAAUCAUCAGAAUAAGAACUGCUAUAAGGAUGGAAAUUACCAUGGGGUUGCAUGUUUGGAUUGCUGUUGGGUGUUAGUAGGCCACACAUCAACUGGAAGUACCUCAUUUCCUGUUCUCUAAACUGCUUCAUAUCUUCCCUUAAAAUUUGCAAAAGUUUUUUGGUGGGAUCAUUCUCAAUAGUACUUUGAAGUAGUUCAACAGCUUUUGCCAUCUGCUCAGUUUUAGCUCUUUUAGAGGCAGGUUUCUUUGCCAAGAAACGUUUACCUUUGGAUGGGACUUCUCCACUGCUAUCCAUAAGGCUGGAUGAAGUGCUUGCACAGUCAUCAUCAUCACCAUCAACUUCUUGAUCAUUCUUGCUGGUAUCUUGCUUGUCUACAUUUCCAAUAUGUAUCAACUCACCAUUUCACCUUCCUCGAUGAAACCUGACUCUUCUUCUUCUUCUUCUUCUUCUUCUUCUUCUUCGCGAAUACAUGUUGUAAGAUCCCUCUGACCAUGGUCUUUGUCAUCCACUUCGCUCUAACAAUCUUUGACAAGCUUUUCUGUACAAAGAGCACACUUGAGACAAUACCCAACACGUUUAUUUGGUUACCAGCCGAUAGCUUCUUCAUUAACUUCAGGAAUCGAACAUUCCGAUCGAACACAUACACUUUUACCACACGUUAUACAAGAAUACUUCGUUUGUUGCUCACAAUUACUGUAAGAAAAUGACAAACUUUUCCUCCAAAGCGCCAUGGCUAUGAACUACAACGUAAACUCGCGCCGAAGCGCCCAAAGUAGGUUAUGCGUAUGCGGAAUACUUGAAAAGCUCGCCACGGGUCGCUGCGGGCUCGCCAAAAUAAAUUGAAAUACAUUAAGAAAAUAUAUGCAUUUCAUUCGACGCGAAGCUAGCGCGACGUUAAAACUGAAGACGCUAUCGAUAUUUUAUCCGUCUUACCAAGACGGAUAAAACGUCUAGGACGAAUUUAAUUUACCAGACGAAUUUAAUUCGUAUUAGACGUCGCGCUAUCGUCGAAUAUAAUUGCUUGUGGGGGCCUUGAAUUAAAUUCGACUGUAGCGCGACGUAAAAACUAGGCCUUAAAGACUCUCUAAUUGAAGAACUUUGAUACGCAGCCCAAUCACGUGCAUUAUUUGUUUAUUAUCAUAGCGUCAGGGAUUGACAACAAGUUUGGCAGAAGUUUUCAAAGUCACACGUUGACUAAUACUGAAACUGUAGAAUUUGUGAACCAGGUUUCAAAACUCUGAUGCCGGAAUGUCAGUGCCGGUAGAGAGCGAAUUGGCCUGUUUCAGAAUUUUUCAAUGAAGGCUUUAUUGACCCAACGUGAGGUUCUCAAAACAAGUGUUUAAAACAAACAUUAGCAGCGGCAUCUUGAAAGUGCAUGCUUAUUCACUCAAGACUAACCAAGGCCGGGAAAAUAAUGUCCUAUCGUUUUCUCACCGAUUUAACUAUAAGCCCCAAAGGGAAAUUAUUUGCUCAAAAAUCACGUAACUCGUCUUUUUUUUUCUUCAAAAACAUGAUCUCUGUUUUUUGACAACUACAUGGAUGUAAAAACAGUCGUUGCCGCAUAUUUUUUCUUCAACUUCUUAAAAAUAAACAUUGGACGUCAUGAAGACUUUGACCAAGCUAAAGGUAUUCAUUAUUCUCCGUUUUGUUGUCAAGAACAAAGUGAGCAAGCCUUGGCUGGCAAGAUGAGUCCUUGUAGCCUGUUUAAGUAGCCAACCAGAACCGCUGUAUCUCGCUUGCGAAGCAGCGCAAGUAAAUACCUUCCCUUUUCACGAACAAAUAGAUCACUUUUCAAAAGAGUUCAAAGAAUUAUGAGCAAGGCUAACUUCGUCAUGAAGAGGAAAAGUGUUUUUUUUUUUUUUUUUUUUUUUUUUGUCGUUUAGUGCCGAUUGCAUUCAAAGGAAUUGAGACAGAUAAGAAAUAUGACAGUUAACCUUUAAUUCCCAGGCAGCUAAAGAAUAAACAUCUUCUAACAAUAUCAAUACGUAGAAAGUUUUGGAGCGCGACAAAAAUAUCAACUAUGGGAGAUGUUGUAUUGAUGAAGAACCGAUUUUUCAGAGCUAUAAAAUUGCAUGUACAAGAAAUGGAAGGUUAACAAUGAGGAGAUUUGUCUUUUAAAUCUUGGGGGUGAAAGGAUGAAAGAGGGUAGGCUCCUCAAUUUCCUUGGGUGUUAGUUCCCAUGGGUCUUAGCGUUCUGUUCGCGCCUUUCCCUUCGAGGCUCUUAUUUUACUUAUUCCUUGAUGUCCUGUAUAUAGUAUUCCUCCAAUUCUUGUCCAGUGCAGACUAAAAUACUUAUAAGGAUAAGAACGUGAAGAUUUUAGGGGCAAAGAUACAUAGCAUUUACAUGAAAUGCUUUUCGAGUGUGAUGCAUUUGGAUGAUGGUAUGCGUAAGGUCUGGGAUCGAUUCAGCGUGGGAGAACACAAAAAUUCCCUCCGCUUCACGCCCGUGACAAAAACAAUAACAUAUUUCUUCACACAUUAAGAUUAUGCUUUUUAUUUCUUUCCAUAGCUUGGAUUGGCGCCAUGGCCAUGGGUUUAAACUUCUUGUUUGGUCCUAUAUCAAGUGCAUUGUGUGAUCGUUUUGGAUGCCUCGUUGUGUCCUUCGCUGGUGCGUUACUAUCGAUCUCAGGGUUGUUCCUAACUUCCUUCAUACAGGAAGUUCAUAUAAUGUAUGUUACCUACGGGCUUGUAUGGGGAGUAGGUUCUAGUUUAUCCUUUGUGUCGUCCAUCGUUGUCCUGGGUGAAUACUUUGAUAGAAGAUUGGCGCUUGCCAAUGGGAUUGCAACAUCCGGAAGUGGGGUAGGCUCUCUUGUUGCCGGGCCGGUCAUAAAUUACCUACUGGCAUCAGUCGGAUGGAAACGCUCCAUGCGCAUUUUGAGCGCGUUUGCUGGACUGUUAUGCAUUGCAGCUAUUAUCUUUAAACCAAGGAAAAAUCUUCAAUCUACCAGGGAAAGAAGAGAAUGUACCAAGUUAUUUGAUACUUCAAUAUGGAAGAGUAAAGCGUAUGUUUUGUGGGUCACUACUGUAGCUGUGUUUCAAUUUAGUUAUCUCAUUCCAUUUAUUCACCUGGUAAGUUGUAUAUGUAUUUGUUUAAUACUCAACAAAACUUCUCAUCCCUGAUGAUUGGUCAGCGACAAAUGCAUAAAUAGGUUAUAGACUGCCGUUAGGGAUCUCGUAAGAAAAUCAUAGUUUAAAGAUAAGUUAGGUGGAUAAUUUUUAAAGCUGAUGUUAAAAGCGUAGACCUUAUGAAGAAUUAAGGGCCACCACUCGAAACUCCAGCCUUUGAGGCUCUUUUCGGUGGACAGUUUUCAUUAUCAACCCAGUUGAGUGAACCAAAUUAUUUUAAAAUGCCCUCCACCGACGCGGCACCAGAGUUUUUUGUAGAAUCUUAUCACCUUUAUUCGUCUCGUUAUUAUCUGCAGGUGAAGUAUGCCGAAGAUUUAGGAGUACCAAAAUCUAAAGGCGCUUGGCUGAUUGGUUUUCUAUCCAUCACCUCAACGCUUGGUCGAGUGGUAUUUGGCAAGAUUUCCGACUUUAAAUUCGUCAACAGGCUUUACCUGUACCAAUUUUCGAUAUUUUCCAUUGGAUUGAGCACUCUCUUGUGUCCUCUGGUAAAAAACUAUGCAGGACUUGUGGGUUAUGCUCUGACAUUUGGAUUUUUUGAUGGCUGUUUUGUGGGCCAAGUGGCGGUGAUUACGGCUGAUGUGGUCGGACGCGAUAAGCUUUCUCAAGCAGUGGGAAACAUGUUUGGAACUCUGGCGAUACCAAUGAGUCUUGGACCUCCGCUUGCAGGUGAUCAGCUGUGUAAAAGAUAGUGAAAUUUUCAAACAAAUGUCGAGUGUAAUCCGGGAUUGCUCUUAUAGGGUUCGUAAUUGAUCUAGAGAAUUCGCUCCACCCUCUCAGUUAAUUAGAUGCAAAGCAAAGCGAGUUCUUUAUCUUUGUUUCUGUUGCUAAGACUGAUUCGAUACAGCCGUUCAAAUGAAAAGGGUCGAGACUAACCCGACGUUUGCACUUUGUUUUCAGGUUGGCUGCAUGAAGCAUUCGGUUCCUAUGAUGAAGCAUUUUACAUUGCCGGUUCUGUGGCAUUAUUUUCUUCUCUCUUGAUUUUUGGGGUGAACUACAUGAUUCGAAAGCAGUCUAUAGCAGGAAGGCAAUUGGGAUUUAAAAACGACUAUUCGUUGGGUGUCUCUGAAGCCGAAACGGCACCUGACUCCGUCCGUUUAGAAAGAUACAGAAUCACAGCCAAUGCUGGAAGAGAAGCACAUUGUCACCAAUAA